CCUUCUACAAAUGUUACAACAUCAAAAAAUAGUUACAACAUCAAACAAAUCAUUUGACUUAUAAAGGUUAACGGAAAACAUUAAUUUAAAAAGGAAAACUACCCAAUAGAGGAAAAUAACAAAUAAACCAACAUCAACAACAACAAUGACUUUAAGAACCCAACGAAAUGGACCAUUAAGGACUGCCAAUUAUCCAACAACUCCCCAUGGCCCUACACAACCAAUGAGUAAUAAAACAGCUUUAAGUGGAAGUGGCAGUGGCAGUAUUGGACAAGCAGCCAAAACUAAAAUGUUGACAUCGUCAUCAAACUCUUCAGCAAAAUCAGCAAAAAUUUGUGUAAAUUUUAACAGCAUGUUGGUUGAUGGUCCCCCCGAUGAUAAGAAAAAUUCACGUACCACUCCACAUCCCACUCCAGCUUACAUGCAAUGUACUGCUGGUAGAGCUAACGAUAAGGGAGGUGAUGCUGAGGAUGGUAUCAGUAUGAAUAGUGAUGAUAAUGAUUAUUUGUAUCGGCCAACAAGAUUGUCAGGAGCAGGUACUACCCAACACCGUCACGUAGCCGAUAAAUUAAUUCUCUCGCCAAGUCAGUGUAAACUACAACCCGCUGGCUUCAGAUUCUUUGAUCCCAAGAAACAAGUUAAUGUCAUCAACUUGCAACUGCACGAUAAUCAAAUGAAAACAAAUGGCGGCGGCGAUUGUCUGAUGCUGAUGAUGCCACCACAGCAACGGCGCUGCGUUAAAAGCCGAACACGUGCCACACAGACACUGUUUCGAGAAUCAUCAGCUCAAACAUUGCCCUAUUUACCGGGUGUUUCCAAUGAUCCGGAGGAAUUAGAAAAUUUAGAAAUAUUUAAAUUGCCCACCAUAUUAACAGGAGAUGGUCCUCCCGGUUUAUAUGAGGUGGAAGUUUUAGAAAGAGCCCGCAAACGUUGGUCCUUUGCCAAGGCCUUAAAGGAGAACUUUCGCAAACAACUGGCAGAGGCCAAAGAACAAGCUAAACUCCAGGAACAUGAACAUAUUUUGGAAGCUUUUGAAUGGGAACAUUGGAUAGAGCGUGAGGAAUAUAUACAGGAAUGUCAAAUGUUAAGAUUGGAAUUACUAAUACGUAUGUUUGAUAAAAGAGAGCGGGAAAUGCAUACAGCUUCUAAUGAGAGAAUACAAAAAAGCUGUGAGCAAAUAGAAGCCAAAAGAAAAGCAGCUCUUAAAAAGAAUGAAAUCGAAUUUAAUAGAGCUUUAAGGCGUCUGGAAAUAAAGCAUAACAAACAGCCUAGAGUAUGGCGUAAGGAACAUAUUACCCAAGAAUUGGGUGAUCCUGGCUCUGAAUUCUAUGCUCCCAAAAUGCGUUAUGGUGUUAAUCCAAGUCGAAGGCAUUUUACUGCAUCAAAAAAAGGUUUCAAUAUGCGUAUGGAUGACUUGGAGAAGAGAGCCAUUAAAAUGGAUGCCAAAAAUCUGAAGUGUCCCUUUGCCAAGCUAAGAGAAUGGUCUAAACCCAAAGAAGUUUUGCAGGAGGUGGAGCAAAACUUUUGCUCGGAAACAAAUCUGAAAAAGUUGUAUGAAAGUCUUAGGACUCUUCGAGAAACUUCCAGAAUACAGAAAUACACCCCUCUAUGCUUAAAGGCUAAAGAGCCCUCAAAAACUGAGGAAAAACCUGGUCAAAAUCUGCAAAUACACCUACCCGAAGAAGUUAUCAGCAAAGUAAACACUCUCAGCUCUAGAAGUAGCACAUCAGCAGCUAGCUCUAUUCUUAGAGAUUCCCAAAGUUCCCUAAAAGAAUCUGAACAAGAGGACUUUAUGGAGGAAUUACGCCAACAAAAGCAAACUGAACGUCUCCAUAUGGAAAUGUUGCAAAAUGAAAUGCGUAAUGAAGAAUUGGAAACAUUAAUCAACUCAUAUGAGGGCAACACCAUUGGUUGGUUAAUGCGUUUUUUGACCGAGGAAAUGUCACGCUUGAAAGAACAGCGUAAACUGCAUUUCUUUACUAUGAUGGCUAAACGAGAGAGAUGGCAUCGUGAGGCUGCCGAGGCGGGUUUAAGACAAAAAGAGAAUUGUAUGCGUGAGGAGUACGAGAAACUUUAUGAGGAGUGUGAUCAAACUAAUAAAGAAGUAACGGACAAGUUUUUGGAAUCCAUACUGGAUACAGAUAUCCAUGACUAUGCUGACCAAAAAGCCGAACAGCAUGUGGUAAACAUGGCUCGAGAAUUAGAUAAAGAAAUUGCCGGUUGGCUAAAGUCAUUUAAUGAAGUACAAAAUCCUUUUAACUAUCAUACCCUAAGGCAUGCUCUCAAGGAUAUUGUUAUGCCGGAUAUUGAAAAGAUACUUUAUCGUUUAGAAAGAGAUGACUGCAUUGACUAUAUCAUCAAUGACUUGUUGUUUGGCAAGGUUUAUCGGGCCUUGGAAUCGUAUGAUGUUUCAUUUGGAAUUGCCAAUGAUUUUGUGGAUCGUAUUAUAGACAAUGAUCUUUAUCUGAACUCUGCUGACUGUAGUUCCGACUGCGAGUGCACAGAAUUUUGCUGUUGUUCUAGAGCUCACCAAGAAGCCUCAGCAAUAAUUCGAAAAGUUAUACGCUAUGCAGUACCCGGUCGACGUUGGCGUACUGCAGAGGAGCGAGUUGCCUUUGAAAAUGUUCGUGAUUUAUUGGAUGACGUUUUUGAUCAAGUAAUACCCAGGUCUUCUAUUAUUUCUGUUGAUAUGCCAAAACCUCCAGAAUUUCACGAUCAGCUAGCUCAUACCGAUUUAGUAUGUUCGGAAAAUGAUAUGAUCAUUAAAGAUAACUCGGACGAAAAAAUAUCCUUAGAAUGCUAUGAUGAGGUAAAAGUUAGACGGCUAGGUUCUAUGAGUGGAUCCGCUGUCGCAGAUAUUACCAAAUGCUUAAAGAGUGGUGAAAAGUUACUGCUGGUAGAUCCAGACAAGCUAUCGGAUGAUCGCUCGUUGUUACAUAUGGAUGAAUAUGUCAAGCCUGAGCCACAAAUACAACCCCGUAAAGUGCAUAUUACACCCAGUACCCAUGAUAUUAAAAAUAUCUGGACUUUUGAUAAAACUCCAAUAUUUGCACAAACAUCAUCAGAGGAAUUUUUAGAAAGAAUGCAAUUAGAAGAGGAAGAAGUUUCUCCAGAAGAAGUGAUACCAACACCGGAACAUAAAUCCUCUUCAUCUUAUGAGAUUUUCGAAGAGCAGUCAGAGAGUGAAGAAGAAAAAGAACAAAUUGAGGAAGAGGAAUUUGAGGAAGGGGAACAAGCAAUUGUAUUUAAAGAGUCAGACGAUAUAAAUUUAGAGCCUCCAGCUGUACGCUUUAUUGAAAAACCGGAGGAGAAAAUCAUUGAGGUGGCACCAAUACAAGAAGAAGAAGAUGAUGAUGAUGAUGCUGAAGGGGUUAUGGAGGUAUUAUUUUCUUAUGAUCCCACUGUUAAGUAUUCAGUGCCAGUGCCCUCAAAUUAUGAUAUGAUGACAACCCAGGAAACUACGGAAUAUAAACAAAAUGGGUCAAGCAGUGAGGAGAAUUAGUGAUUUUGCA